GCCCAACGUGUGCGAGACGCGAGAGGAGUUCGACGAGAAUGACAAGGCUAAGAAGCCUGCCGAAAAGAAAGACGAGGAGACCAGCACCUCGUCGAGCAGCGAGGAGGAGCACGGCGCGCUCGGCGUCCCGACCGGGCCGCUCGCCCCCGGGGGGCUGUUCGACAACUUCCACUUCUCCAGCUGCUCGCAAACGCCUACCAAGUACCAGUGCGUCACCCGGACCGUGAAUCACGGCGUGCAGAAAAAGAUUGUGACGACCUACAAGUGCUGCCAUGGCGCCAAGAGGAUGGCGGGGAAGCCGGGCUGCGUCAUGACGGAGCUGAUGCAGAUGGGGGCCGCCGCGCGCGACAUGGACAGCGCGCUCUUCGCCAGGAUGAUCACCUCCGCCGACCUGGACGAGCAGCUCCACAAGACCCGCGGCACGCUCUUCGUGCCGACGGACGACGCCGUGCGCGACUUCCUGGACAGCAUAGCCGAGCAGAACCGCGUGCGCCGCGCGCUGGGGUACCAGCACAUGAUGGGACCCGCGCCCCUCACCCCGGUCGUGGUCGGGGACGAGGAGACCGUGCCCGCGCCCGCCCGGGGGGAGCCCGUACCCGCCCCCGUCGCGCUGCCCGUCUCCGCGGUGCGCCAGGACGAGGGUGACGACGAGUAUGAGGACAGAGACAUCGCCACAGAUGUCCAGAAGAAACCGUCCGUCGAAAGUCGGCGCCCCGAGUCGAGAAAGGACAUUGCCGACGACCGCAGCGGCCGACGCGAGGGCGAGAACGUCGCCGCCGGCCACGCCAGGGACCCGGAGGACCUGACCGACAGCACGCUCGUGCUGGCGCACUUCGUCGAGAACAAGCUGCUCGACAUCGAGGACGACGCGCGCAACGACGAGAAGAUCACGACCCGCGCCGGCUCCACGCUGCGCAUCAACGUGUUCCCCGGCUUCAUGGGCCGCACCUACACCGUCAACUGCGCCCGCAUCCUGAAGGAGAGGCCCACGCUCGACGGCCAGGUGUACCAGGUCGACAAGGUGCUCACGCCCGUGCCCGCCGAGCGCACCCUGGCGGCCCUGCUGGAGAAGGACCCCCGGCUCAACACCAUGCGGCAGCUGAUGCGCGUCGCCGACAUGAUGGACAUGCUCCGGGAGGAGGGCCCCCUCACGGCGUUCUUCCCUACCGACGAGGCCUUCAAGCGCAUGGACCCCGUGUUCCGCACCGAGCUGCUCAAGGGAGAGGCCUGCGUGAGCUCGUUCAUCCGCAACCUCAUCAGCAAGCACACGGUGUGCACGGCCGCGGCCAGGCUGCGAAUCAAAAUGCCCAACCUGGACGGCGACUACCUGCUGCUCGAGCGCAUGGCGUCGGACGACGGCAAGUUCACCCUCGAGAACGUCGAGCUCGGCGCCCGCGACAUCGUCGCCUCGAACGGCGUGCUGCACCUCCUCAACGAGGUCAUCGUACCCGACUCCGCCCGCCCUGUCAAGGAUGUCCUCAAGUCUCGCAACCUCACCCGCUGGUACGACCUCCUGGAGAAGGCUGACCUCCUCAGCGAGCUGGACCCCGCCAAGAACCUGACCCUCUUCGUGCCCACCGAGGCCGCCCUGAAGUCCCCCGAGGCCGAGUUGCUGCUCUCCGGCAACGACAAGGAGGCCAUUCGUAACCACCUGCGCUACCACAUCGCCGAGAAGAUGUUCGAGGCCGACGAGCUGACACACGGACAGAGCCUGAAGAGCAAGCUGGCCGACAAGGACCUGCGCGUGUACCUGUUCUCCACGAUCCCGUUCCUCAACGGCGCCGUGACAAGCGCCACAGUGCAGUGCGGCCGCCUGGAGUCCGUGGACACCCGGGCGUGCGGCGCGGUGCUGCACCAGGUCGACAGGGUCCUGGCCGCGCCCACGCAGAGCGCCUGGGACAUCCUGCAGCAGCGGGAGGACCUCAGCCACAUGCGCGACAUCGUUGAGGUGAGUAAGGAUGUCACGUCGGCUAUAUGCCUACGUGGAUAUGAAAGAGAGUGA